UUGGCAAUAUGGUUCGAGCACAUGCAAAAUGAAUUGAAAACAGUUGUUAUCGUGGUCUGAAGGCCUAAACAUGGGUUAGGAUACGUUCGAGAUAGGAAAGUCUCACCCGGACAAGACAAAAUAGCUAACGCAUGAUGUACUUGGACUAGAAGCAAGACCCGCGUUUAGACUUUGGGUAUCACCGCCACUGGGAGGAGUCUUAUAAGCAGUGAUCGCGAGCUUGAGUAGGUGACGAUAAGGACGGAUGCGGUCCGUGACGAACAUGCCGUUGUUGCCGAGACCCGCGGCGGGGAGCCCGGCGACGCAGGAGGUGCUAAGGCGGUACCACAGCCGGCACAAGGGCCCGGGGCAGUGCGGCUCAGUCAACGUGCAGUACGUGUCGGCGCCGCUGCCAACGGUCUGGUCGCUGGUCCGUCGCUUCGACCGGCCGCAGGACUACAAGAAGUUCGUGAAGGACUGCGAGCUGAGCGCGGGGGACGGCGGGGUGGGCAGCGUGAGGGAGGUGACGGUGGUGUCCGGCUUGCCGGCGGGGACCAGCACGGAGCGGCUGGACACGCUGGACGACGACCGGCACGUCAUCAGCUUCUCCGUCGUAGGCGGCGACCACCGACUCAGCAACUACCAGUCGACAACGACGCUCCACGUGAGCGGUGGCGGGACGGGGACCGUCGUGGUGGAGUCAUACGUGGUGGACGUGCCGCCGGGCAACACGGCGGAGGAUACCUGCGUGUUCGCGGACACCAUCAUCCGGUGCAACCUCAGGUCGCUGGCGAGCAUCUCGGAGGAGAUGGCUGGAUCGCCAGCCGACGGCUGAGCCGAUUCCUCGGUUGAUGGUUACUUGAAGCGUGCAACCCGAGGGAAGAAAGCACGUGCUGCUUUCUACCGGUCUCGAUUGCAGUCUUGCGGCGUAAGGUUGUAACCUUGAGGGGGAACAGUAAAGUGCCACUGGUCUGUGUGUGCUUAUACUACGCGUAGAUGUACAAACGAUGCGACUUAGCGUAAUGCUCUUACGUAGUUUGGUUUGGUUUAA